AUGGUAAGAGAGAGAGGCUUACCUGUGAGAGAGAGCCGAUCGAACUACAGAGCAGCACAUGGAGGCCACAGUCUUCUUCCCCCACCUCCUCAUCCCUCCUCCCUCGACGCUCUCCCUUCUAAACUUCGCCACCUCAUGUCCUUCACCAAUUCCUCCCAACUCGGAUCUGCAAAGACAUCAGUGAGUAAUGAACAAAGGACUGGAGGUGGUGUUGGCAGUGGAAACAACAAGAAACUUCAUUCAAAGGAUAAGCUUGACUCUAAAUCUACUGGAAUCAGAGGGGAAGAUAAUGAUGGAAGUUCAGUGACUCUGCAACAUAUGGAUCAUGAUGAUGAGAUUUUUCAAAAUAGCACACAAGAAAAGAGAAGGAAAACGAAAAAAAGGAAGCGUGUUAGUGACCUUCGGUUUGAAGCAUUAGAGGAAUCAGGUGUUGGUCAGAAAAGAAAAGAGCGUAAGAAAAAGCGUUUAGAAGCAAUGAAAAAGAAACACAAAAAGGCGAAGGCAGAAGAGAAUGAGGACUUUCCUGGAUGUGAAAAGAUCAAAUUUGGAGACGUUGUUCAAGCUCCGCCAAAAUUGGUUGCAAUUCCUAAGGCAUUGAAGAGCUCCCAAGAUGCUUCACAAGAAAGGCUUCGCUUGAAGGCUGUUGAGGCCUAUAGGAAUAGGAAAGGGUGGGCAUCAAGGCCGGGGAUUGACCUUCCUCCGCCCAUUUUGACACCGCCAUCAGGUUAAUUAGCAUCAAUGUAAUAGUCGUUUAUCUUAUCAUUGUCCUUUCUGCAAGCUUUUGAGACAGUUCCGUCUUUAGUCUCAUGAUUAUAGUGAAUUGCGCUACUGCUUCUGUAAUCAAUAGAGAGAGAACUUUUCUUUUUGUUUUAACAGAGAAAUUGGAAUCGCUUUGUCAUUUCCUCGAAUUCAUUUGGUUGUUAUCAUUAUAUAAACAAAUUUAAUCCCUGUGUUAUUCA